UCAGUUCGUUGUUUUCCGGCGACGCGUGUGGAAGUGUUCUAAUCCGUGGUUAGCGUGCUUUUCGUUGCCCACUUUGCUGGUGAAAUUAUAAAGAUAGAUUUUUCUCUUUCCCGUCUCUGUCUGCAUCGACUAUACAUAUAUGUACUAGCGACAGCAACAGCAACAGCAACAGCGCAGCCAAAAUCCGUAGACAGUAUACCAGUGAAUUACUCUGCCAAGUGUGGGGUCGAAAAAGUGAACUUUUCAUCGUGGUCCAAGUGAAUAGUGUUUAAAUUCAAAGUGAUAAUCUGCAUUUUUUCCCCGUUGAGGAAAAGAAAGUCGCAAAGUCUAAGUUACAACCGAGAACAACAAUUCAUUUAUGAAAUCGAUAUUAAGGGUGAGAUACUGAAGAAAGAAGAAACUAGUGAACGGAGAACAGUGUGUUUGUGUGAAACUAUUGUUUUGGUAUAAGAGAAAAUAUUGCAACGACAAUGGCUGCGCCUGCUCCAGUGAAAAAAGUGCCAAUUCACUUACAGAGUGCGCAAAACCGCCUGUAUAUCAAACGGGGUCACGUGGUGAAUCAUGAUGGCAUGCAGCAAGCGGAUAUCUACAUCGAGGACGGAACGAUCAGAUACGUUGGCUCCGGUGCAGACUUUGUCGUCCCGGGAGGCUGUCGCACGAUAGACGCUACCGGAAAGAUGGUUAUCCCCGGUGGUAUCGAUCCACAUACACACUUCCAGUUGGAAUUCGGGGGCACCGUGGCGGUGGACGAUUUCUACCAGGGCACCAAGGCGGCCGUCGCCGGUGGAACCACCACAGUCAUUGAUUUCGUCAUUCCGCAAAAAGGCGAAUCACUCCUGGAAGCGUACGACACAUGGCGGGCACGUGCCGAUCCGAUGGUGGUGUGCGACUACGGCCUUCACGUGGCCAUCACCUGGUGGUCCAAGUCGGUUCGCGAUGAGAUGAAGAUCCUCUGCCAGGAACGAGGCGUUAACUCGUUCAAAUGUUUCAUGGCGUACAAGGGUCUGUUCCAGGUUACCGAUAGCGAGCUGUACGAGAUCUUCGAGACGUGCAAAGAGCUGGGAGCGGUGGCUCAAGUGCACGCCGAAAAUGGGGAUGUUAUUGCCAAGAACGUGCAGAAGCUGCUAGCGGCGGGCGUUACGGGACCGGAGGGCCACGAACUGUCCCGCACGGAGGAGGUGGAAGCCGAAGCGGUCAACAGGGCUUGCGUGAUUGCUCAUCAGACAAACUGUCCUCUGUACGUAGUGCAUGUGAUGAGCAAAUCGGCCGGAAUCGAGCUUGCACGCGCUCGACAACGGUACAACGGUGUAGGUAUCUACGGGGAAACUCUGGCCGCUGCCCUUGGCACUGAUGGCACGCACUACGCCGACCGGUGCUGGCAUCAUGCGGCCGCCCAUAUCCUCAGUCCGCCACUCCGUCCGGAUCCAACGACACCCGAAUUUCUGAUGAAACUGCUCGCUCAGGAUGAUCUGCAAACGACCGGCAGUGACAACUGCACCUUCAACAAGAACCAGAAAGAACUCGGCCGCGACGACUUCACCAAGAUUCCGAACGGUGUCAACGGAGUCGAGGAUCGCAUGUCCGUCGUCUGGGAGAAAGGUGUUCAGACGGGAUUGAUCGACCCUCAGCGAUUCGUUGCCAUUACCAGUACAAAUGCAGCCAAAAUUUUCAACCUCUACCCGCGCAAGGGUCGUAUCGCUCCGGGCUCGGAUGCGGACGUGCUCAUUUGGGAUCCGAAAGAGGUGCGUACCAUUUCGGCUGCCACCCACCAUCAGGCUUGCGACUUCAACAUCUUCGAAGGUAUGAAGUGCCACGGCGUGCCGGAGUAUGUCAUCGUCCACGGUCGAGUGUGCGUCGAAAAUGGAUUACUGCGGGUUGCCGAGGGACAGGGCACAUUCCUGGAAAGGCCAGUCAAUCCACCGUUCGUGUAUGAUGCGCUGAAUGGCAUCACCGAUCGGAACGGGGAUGAUAAGGAGGCUCGCAAUGGGCUACAGAGCUUGGAUUUGAACCAGAAGCACGAGGUAGAUAUUCCGGACGCGUACGGAUUGCCGGAAAAGUACGUUCCCGGACCGGCGUUGAGCAUCAUUUCCGUUGAUUCACAAGUCAGUACCCCACAUAGUGCACGGGGUCACCGACCAGAUGGCCAGAAGGAUAUGCAGCAGUCUACGUUCUCGAUCAGCGAGGAAAUGGACACGAGCGGAAAUCGUGCGUGCAUCCGCGUGAAGAACCCACCAGGUGGUAAAUCGUCCGGUUUCUGGUAAACCGCAACGAUCACCUAAAAGCCAAUCAAAGUCAUCAUGAAUAAGAAUGCUUCCGGGGCAAGAUAUUUAUUACCAAUCAAGCAAAGCAACUACUAUGAUAUAGAAAGAGAGCUAAGAUCAUGAAACCAAAUUAAUGAUAAUACUGGAACAAACUCAGAACAACUCAAACUCACCAUAUCUUGAGUAUGGUACUCCGUAAUUGUGUCAAGAUAUUGUUUCAACCAAAUGGCAGCCUUUUAAGUGCUGCAAAUCCACUAAAAUGGAAUUAUCAUAUAAGAUUCAAGCACGUACCGGAGCGUGCUUCUAAACCAAACCAAAAUAGAUCGCGUACCGUUAGGAAUGUAGUUAAAACAAAAAUUACAAACUACUAACUUGCACCACUCUUAACAAUAGAUAAACAAACACACACACCCCAAAGCGUAACUAGAUGUAUCUCAAUCACACUACUAACUAACUAACUGUGCAACUGCUUUCGUUCUAGGGCCACUAAAAAUAGGUAGCUUAACAUUAUUUAUUACACCGCGAUGACCAUAAUUCAACCCGAAAAAGUUGUAACAAAUGAUCAAAUUUUCGAACAGGCUGACACAUGUGCAAUCCUUCUUCUAAUGUUCCCCGAGUGUUAUUCAGAGCUUACCUAUCACACCACACACCAAAACACACGCACAACAGUAUCACCAUCUUCAUGCACUUGCAUCGAAUGGGCAUUUGUGUGACACUACUCUCAUGGCCUUCGGAAAUUACAAAUUUAAAAAUAUUUAAUUUGAUGACCAUAAAAGUGUACCUUUCCCAACUAGAAAUAAAAAUCACGUUGCGAUUAAGUUUCAUACCCACGUAGAAUGGAUAAUGGCAGCGUUUUUGUCCUGGCUUAGUGAAAUUUACAAACGUAAUAAACCGUGUUGUAAGCGAAUGUUUGAACAGCUGAAAGAUUUAUCCUCUAUAUAGGCGUUGUAAGCUUUAUCUCCUGUUUGUGCGUUGUAUUGUUUUAGGUUUUUUUUUUCCUUAGAUUAUAAAUCAAAAUAACACUACAAAAUGCGAAUGUGUAUCUUAAGUUAGCUGUAGCGUGACUCUUGUAAUCGUGGAAUCGAAAAUAAAGUACCAUUAUGGAAUUAACAGAA